GUUGGAGUUGCCCUUCCUCCGCUGCUGUCCGCAUCCUCUGGCUCGUAGUCGUAGGACACGGACACGGCUUCAGCCCGGCACGUCCUUCUCCACCGCGCAUCCCCUCUCCUGGCGAGCGGCCGGCCACCGGCAGCCACAUCGCCGUCCAUCGCCUCCGCCGCGCCACCGAGUCGAUUGUCUCGAGCGCACAACAGAUCCCCAAUUCGCCGCAUCCGACUUGAUGGACGGCCGCCGAAGAGGAGAGCGGGAGGUGAACCGGUGGCAUACAGGUCCUGAGGAGGCGCGUGAGAGGGACUCCGGCUCCUCCUCCCCGGCUGCCAUCAUCCUCUUUGCCCUCAUCGGCGCCACUGUCACCACCGCCGCUGUUGGUCAACUGCGCCGCACCUUUGGCUGGUUCUACACUCAGCUUAGCAGAUCAGAACCAUAUGUCUACUGGGAAGACAUACCCCGUGGGCCGAAUAGGUGCGGUGAUGCGUGGCGAUAUUACCGGAGGACGCGUGAGACGAACGAGGAUCAGAGGAAGAGAGUGGAACGCAUCAUGCACAUGCAAGAUAUGUUCAAGAAGGAGAGAAGUAAAUGCCGGGAUUAUCGGACUCGCAAUGGUCAUAAUCCAACCUAUAAUCAGCAUAGUCGAAGAGAAGACUGGUAUGAAGAUGCAGAAACAUUUUAUGCCAAUCAAAGAACAAAUUUCAGAUCAAGGCCCAGGGAAGCUAUGCAGUACAGUAUGUCACAUCACUAUUCUGUCUUGGGCCUAAACAGGUCAAGACCAGAACCAUUUUCAGAUGCUGAGAUUAAGAAUGCGUUUAGGAGAAAAGCAAUGGAAUACCAUCCAGACCAAAACCAAAACAACAAAGCGGUUGCUGAGGAAAAAUUCAAAGAGGUCAUGGAUUCUUACGAAGCAAUAAAAUUAGAAAGGCAAAAUGGAAGUUGCUGAGCAAACUCAUGAGGCGGGACUUGCAUCUUGGCGUUUGACACAAAGAUAAAAUAUGUCCAAAAAUCCCUUCUAUUUUGUACCUUAUUGAUUUAGUACGUAGCAUGAAAUGGCCCUUUGUUAUGGGCUCUGAUCCUCUAGCUGGCCGGUUAACUAUGUUUUUUUUAAUUGAGUUAACUAUUGGGCCGGUUAACUAUGUUUUUCUAAUUGAGUUAACUAUGGUUCAAGACAA